AUGAACGGGAUCGAAACGUUAACAGAAAGCGCGGUGCAAUACACGACCAUGUGUCGAGCCCCCACAAUCAAUACAAAACACUCUCGAAGUGAAACUAGUCACUCCAAUUUAUUAGGUUCUGUUAUAUUUUUGGCAAAUACACCAAGCCAAGUCGCUCCACAUAAAUUUCCCCAUCGAAUAAUGCCGGUAGAGGCGACCUCUGUGGACGGUUCUCAUAGGCUUAAAUUGGCUGAGCCGCGUCGACCCUCUUCCAACAUCUCAGCACAAAUCCGCUGA